UUGGAAGUGGGUGUUCUCUAUAUAUUACCAGGUGAAGGCAGUGGUCAUACAAGAGUUAAAUUUCGUCUAGUUGUAUUCCGGCCUCAUGUUGAUGAAGUAAUCCAAGCACGAGUGGUUUCCUCAAACAGUCAUGGACUAACCUUGUCAGUGUGGUACUGGGAGUACCCGUCAGAAGACGGUCAGCCGCCUGCUAAACUUUAUAUGGACCCCGGGAAAACAGUGCGUUUUCGAGUUGUCGAGAACAUAUUCAGGUGAUA